AACAUGGCCGAGGAGACGCGCCUAGUUCGCGUUGAAGAAAGAUUAAAGAUUAAAAUCGGUGAAGUUAAAAAUCUACAAAGUAGAAGUCAUGGAUCUCCAGGUGCAAGAGAUGUAUAUUGUGCAUUAUCCCUUGACCAAGAGGAAAUAUUUAGAACAACAACAAUGGAAAGAACUCUCAACCCCUUUUUCGGAGAAGAAUUCCAAUUUGAAAUACCUAGGAAAUUUCGUUAUCUUGGCAUUUAUGUUUAUGAUCGAGACAGACAUUUAAAGCAGGAUAAAAUUUUGGGCAAAGUAGCAAUAAAAAGAGAAGAUUUAGCAACAUAUCACAAUAAGGAACAUUGGUUUCCUUUAAGGCCAGUUGAUGCUGAUUCUGAAGUUCAAGGCAAAGCACAUUUAGAACUCGCUCUCCAACCUCAAAUUGGACAUGCUGAAUCUACUAAACUUACAGUGAGAGUGAUAGAAUGUAGCGAAUUAACUGUUAAAAAUGGAGGAUGUGAUCCAUAUGCAACUAUUAUGGUCAUCUAUAGUAAUGGUAAACAAAUAAUGAAACGCACAAAAAUUAAAAAGAAAACAGUGUCCCCAUAUUUUAAUGAAACAUUUGUCUUUGAGCCAGAAGUAACAGAAUCCAAAGAGAAGGAUGUUUCUCAUUAUGCUAUGGAAAGUGGAGAAGUAGGUGAAGUAGUUGUAGGUUUAUGGCAUGCAUCUCCUGGUAUGGGAGAACAACCAGCUUUUCUUGGUGAAGUUAGAGUUACUUUGAGAGGCCUACAAAAGCAACCAACUAGUACAACAACAGCAUGGUACUUCCUGCAACCAAGAGCAGCGAAACAUCGCCCAAGUAAAAUUUCUAGCACUUCUGGUGCAUUACCAGGUUUAGGAUCUCUAAGAUUAAAAAUACAUUAUACAGCAGAUCACGUAUUUCCAUCAGCAAUGUAUGAUAGACUUAGAUAUUUGUUGUUACAAAGUGUUAAUAUUCAACCAAUAACAUCAUCUGCUGUGUACAUUUUGGGAGAAAUUGUGGCAAGUAAAAUGGAAGCUGCACAAUCUUUGGUUAGAGUAUUAGUACAUCAUGGACAAUUGGUUUCCGUAAUGCGAGCUUUAGCUAGUCAUGAAAUUUCUAAAUUAACUGAUCCAACAACAAUAUUUCGUGGUAACACAUUAGUAAGUAAAAUGAUGGAUGAAGGUAUGCGAUUGGCAGGCCUUCAUUAUCUGCAUAGUACACUUAGACCAGCCAUGGAACAAGUCAUCCUAGAAAAAAAACCAUGUGAAAUAGAUCCUACAAGGGUAAAGGAUGCAAAUACUAUUCAGACUAAUUUAGCAAAUCUCAAGGAAUACGUUGAACGAGUUUUUACUGCUAUUACAACAUCGGGUGUACGGUGUCCCCCUUUAAUGUGUGAAAUGUUUUGGUGCUUAAGAGCACUUGCAACAACACAUUUUCCAAAAAAUAAGGAAGUAAGAUAUUCAGUCAUUAGCGGAUUUAUUUUUCUACGAUUUUUUGCUCCUGCAAUAUUGGGUCCAAGACUAUUUGAUAUUACAACUGAGCAAAUUGAUUCUCAGACUAAUAGGACAUUAACAUUAAUUUCUAAAACAAUUCAGAGUCUAGGAAACCUAGUAAGUUGUAGAGGUGGUGCAGGUAGUGUGUGUAAAGAAGAAUACAUGGAAUGUGUGUAUAGAGAAUUUUAUACGGAGAAACACAUACAAGCUGUUAAGCAAUUCCUGGAAUUGAUAUCGACUAGUAGUAAUGCUGGAAAUGCAAAGCAACGACCAAGUACUCAACAAGAACACCCAGUUGUAUUGAAAGAGGGAAUAUAUUUUCUCUUCAUGCAUACUGCUGAUUGCGAUAAGAGAGUAAUGAUUAAAAGAGCACAAGGAAGGAAACGAUUUGGACGUAAAAAUUUUAAACAAAGAUACUUUAGACUUACUACGCAAGAUCUUACUUAUUCCAAAACAAAAGGUAAAGAACCUUUAUGUAAAAUACCACUUGAAGAAAUUUUAGCUGUUGAAAGACUUCAAGAAAACUCUUUUAAAAUGAAAAAUAUGUUUCAAAUCAUUCAGUCUCAAAGAGCAUUAUACGUUCAAGCUGGCAACUGUGUAGAAGAAAAAGAAUGGAUUGAUAUUCUAACAAAGAUUUGUCGUACAAACAAUAAUCGUUUAGAAAAAUACCACCCAAGUGCAUAUAUUAAUGGCCAUUGGCUUUGUUGCAAAGCAGUGGCUGAAAUUGCACCAGGCUGUAGUGAAGUAUCACCUGGUGUAGAAGCUGGAUUACGCAUGGUCCUAGAUCCAGACCGAGAUUUGCAACGAAUACAUUCACUUAUAUUUACAAACAUGCCAAGGCUUGAAACAUUAAUGAGUGCGUGUGAAUGUCAAGCUGUUUAUGGGGCUAGUGACAUGUGUGUUAUACCAGGUGGUGGAUCUCCUAUUGAUGACGUGCCCUCCUGUUUUAAAACUUUAACUGCAUUAAGAGAAGCAGCAUAUGCUUUACAGCAUGAACAUAGAGCCUAUUUUAGAAGUUUGGCUCGUGAUACCAAAUAUGGAAGCAAACAAGCUCCCAUUGGUGAUGACAAUUACCUCCAUUUAGCUGCCAGAGCUGGGUUUGAGAGUCAGCUAACAAAGUAUGCUUAUGAAGUGGACACUUUAAAUCAACAUUACAUAGAAACAGAUCAUUGUUAUGACAGUGGAUUUUCUAGACGAAUAGGGGAUCGACGAUAUGAUGAAACAUUUAGAAAAUGUUUAGAUUCUGAUUCCAUACAUCGUAGGUAUGAAAACGAAAACAAUUUAUUACGGCGGUAUGAAAAUAAUACUGAUACCAUAAAAAGUAUCCAAAACGAUCUCAAAACAUUUGAUCAUAGUUUACAUAAUACGUUAAGAAUAGAUAAAUUUGAAAAAGCUGCAAGUUUAGAAACCAAUAGAAGGUUGGAUAGUUCCACUGUAUUGACCACAUGAUGAAAAUAAUAUGUCCGGUAAAUA